AUGGAUCUCAAAAGGGGCGAGGAAGUCAUUGAAAGCAAGAAGACGAUAUUAUGCUCGACAGGCUUUUCAGACCCAAUUUUGAUCUGCUUUGAUCAUCCAGUUCAGGGUAUGGCAGAAGUUGGAGUUGUUAUCGAAAAUGAAUUAACGACGGAUGAAGAAAAGGCUGAAGUAGUAAAUUUUUAUUUUGCCCCAUCGACUGAUAGCAAAAAUGGUACUGGUGUUCAAGGCGGCCAAAUACCGCUGAUUGUGUUUUAUGCUUGA